CCCACCUGCGCUGAUUUGGUCCCGCUUGAUCACCGAGGACCUUUAUGCGCCGUUCUUGGACAUUUUCGCUUUCGUUUCCUCGGGGUUCCGAGCACUGGUACCCACCGCAUUUUAGGAUCAAAUGUCACGGUUUCCUACAGCAGAUCCUCACUUUGGAGCUACAAUACGGACUGGAAAACCUGAAGGCUAAGCAAACAUCUUGCAUGGUCUGAAGCCAACGAUAAACUACCUCCAUCAUGGUGAAGUUUCUGGACCCCGUGCAUAGAGUUGCACUACCACUGCACAAGCAGUGCAUAUCAAACGAGCCUCUGGAUGCUAGACUGGCGGCUAUACGUGAAGCCAUAGCGUCAGGAGAAGAUCCGAACGAACUUGGAGGCUGGAAGAAUCCUGGUGUUGGUCGUCCAUUACAUUAUGCGCUAGACGACUCUGCGCAGCACGAUUACACGCAGCUGAAACAGAACCUUCCUGUCAUUGAGUUGCUACUCGACGCCGGAGCAGACCCAAGGCUUCCAUCCUUAAAACCGGGCCGCCAGUCGCCAAUUGAGGAGCUCGAAGCGUGGUUGAGGGACUACAACAAGGGCGACCACUCAACAUGGGCACCAGAGGACCUUGAGUUACAGCCAUUUUACGAAGCAGCAUUGCAGGUCAUGAAGAAGGCGGUCUCGGCCCUUGAUGCACAAGCUACUGCUUCGACUGCGCAAGCUCUGAUUGAGACUGCACCUGCUUCCUCUGGGUCUUGUUUCGAAAAACAAAACCCAUGCUAACCGCUCUCUUGUAUCUUUCCGGGCGGGACGGUUGGACAACACAGAGCGACACCGCAAACGGAAGGCCUGAAAAAUGAGAAAAUCAGGCCACUUCUCGGGCAUGCGGUUGGUUGUUUUGGGUGGGCUAGGGAUACGUUCUAGUACAAGAGAAUAUGGGUGACAGAGGUGUCGUACUCCUGGAAAACCCUUCAGUAUAGCUGGAAUGAAUCAGAUCUGCACGCCUUUCUCACGGUCUUGGAUCUGUUCUUAAUCUCAGCAAGUCUCUGUAUUCGGAAGCCAUCAUACAGCCUAGCGCCUUGACUGCAGCAUUAAGAACAUUGCCAAUCUGAAGACUUGAAGCCCACCACGCGCGCUCCUACUCAAGACUACACAGCGAUCUGACCCUGGGCUGUUCUCAUGCUGCUCAGCUAAGCCAUGGACUAUUCUCCGAUUGAUCAAGCGCCAGUCAUGUACUUGACCGACCUGGUAGCAGUACCAAAACGAC